AGGUUCGCGACCAAAGAGAUGUACAUGCUGGUGUAUUGUCUGGUGGGAAUGACCCAGGGAAUGUUCUUCACAUAUUCUGUCUCCGUCAUUUCCACCAUAGAGAAGAGGUUUAAACUAACCAGCAAGGAAACAGGCAUAAUACUGUCUGGGAAUGACAUCUCUCAGGUGCUGCUGGCCAUGUUUCUGGGUUAUUAUGGUAACUUUGGUCACCGUCCAAGGUGGCUGGGUGUUGGUGCACUGUUCACUGCAGCUUCCUGCAUCACUGCUGCUCUACCACACUUCUUCUAUUGUCCUGGUGAAGAUGCUGUUGUUGCAGCUCGCAUGCAACCUCUGGUUGACAUCUCCUUGCUCAAUAAUCUCACUGGCUUCAAAACAGAGGAAGAGUUGUGCCAUUCCCAGACUGAUGGCGUGUGCCAGGAAGAUCGAGGCUACUCCUACUUUGGCUCCAUACUUCUGCUUUUCAUUGCCCAGUUUUUUGUUGGUAUUGCCAUCAGCAUCUUCUUCAGCAUUGGUGUCACCUACCUAGAUGAUAACAUCAAAAAGAAGACUUACCCUUUAUACUACACCUUGACCAUGCUCAUAAGAAUCCUGGGUCCAGUCUUUGGGUUCUUCAUAGGAGGAAAAUGUCUCUCUAUCUGGAUUGAUCCAACCAAGAGGCCAAACAUUGACAAGAAGGAUCCUAGGUGGCUGGGUGCCUGGUGGCUCGGGUUUGUGUUCCUUGGGCUGGCUUUAGUGGUCACAAGCUUACCACUGUUCUUUUUCCCACGUAAGCUGCCUGCAACCGAAAGAGAAAAAAAAGAAGAUCAUUUCUUGACAUUCUUUGGUAUAGAGUGUUCGACAGUUAUUAAUGGCUAUAUCAUAUAUUCCAUAGCAUUUUCAUUAGAUGUUUUGUGUAUUAUUUUAUUACUUGUAGACCUGAUCAUUGCCUUGAAGAGACUCUUCAAGAACAAGAUCUGGACUGGGAACCUCUUCAGUGCCACUGUCUCACUUCUUGCUCUCUCCGGUUAUUGGAGCUUUAAACCAAAGUACUUGGAGAAUCAGUUCCGAAAAAGUGCCACUGAGGCCAAUUUUUACACAGGCUUAGCAAGUCUGGUGGUAUCUGUGGUCGGUGCAGUCAUUAGUGGGUCAGUACUGAGGUGGUUCAGGCCUGGACCAAGGUACGUCACAGGAUACAAUGUUUUUGUCACAGUCUUCACCUGCGUGGGCUUCUUGGCUCUCAUGUUUGUUGGCUGCCCGAAACUUGAUGUUAUUGGUCCAGUGAAUGG